AUGAAGCCUCCUCAGCCUGCCCCUGGCCCGUCGGCCCCAAACACUCCCUCCAAGUCGAAGCACAAGAAGCUCGGCCCUCAAGCUCUCGUAUCCAAGUUCUGGAGAAAGUAUCACUCCAAGACUCCAGGCAAAGUUACUUCUAUCUUCCCGCAGAGUCUCUACGAGUCUCUUCUUACAGAUGCGGACUCUUCCUACCCCAAAUCUCGUAACGCGGCACAGAGCUACGAGGCGGCUGCUAAAGACUGCCGUGCUCGAGUUCGUGCCGUUGUUAAAGAGUGUGAACGCACCAACGCAAAGUUCAGCGAUCCGGACUUUGACAUAGAGUCCGAUUUUGCAUCGCAUCAAGAUAAUUGUCUUUAUGGCAUUGAGAGAAACUACUGUCCUAUCUGCGACAGCGAUAGCGAGGAUGAUGAACCAGAAGGACCUGAAUAUGACUCUCCCCCAGAGACUCAGGCUCGAUGGAUCAAGAAAUCUCGUGAUCGCAAGUCCAACAAGCUGCCACAAAAGAAGAAGCGUGAUGUCGAUAAGAGCGCUUCCAAGAACGAGGACGCUAACCACAGAGACCUCAUCUGUCGUAGCAAAAGGCCUGGUUCAGUCCACCGCAUCCCUUGGAUCUUCGAGAACCCACAGUUUACCGUCGACGGGUUCUCCAGCUCAGAUAUCAAGCAGGGAGCCACUGGCAACUGCUGGUGGCUGGCUGCUCUUGCAACCAUCGCUCAUCGCAAAGACCUGAUGAAAAAGAUCUGCGUUGCAAAAGAUGAGGAAUGCGGUGUCUACGGCUUUGUUGUCUAUCGUGAUGGAGAGUGGACCUCGACUGUUGUGGACGAUAACCUCUAUUUGAAGCACAACGACUUUGGAGAGGACAGUCAAGUUUACGAUGCAACCCUCAAGAAAGCACGCAAAUACAAGAGGCAGAAGCAAACAGGUUCCGAGGCCUUGUACUUUGCCAAGUGCGAGGAUCCCAACGAGACCUGGUUGCCGUUGCUAGAGAAGGCGUUUGCCAAAGUUCAUGGUGAUUACCAAGCCAUGGAAGGCGGAUGGUCUGGAACCGCCGUCGAAGAUCUUACUGGCGGCGUAGCCACUGUAGUCGCAGGAAACAGAGUCCUUCGCAAGGAGCGACUAUGGCGAGAAAUGCUUGGAUCGGACGACGAAGCAGGAGAGUUCGUCUUUGGUCUAUCCGCAGGUGGACCUGGCGAUGAACAUAAGAAUGGAAUCGUGCUACAGCAUGCUUAUUCCGUCCUCAAAGUUGCCGAGGUGGAAAAUGAAGACGGCGUCAAGGUUCGCUUGGUCAAGAUUCGAAAUCCCUGGGGCCAGAGAUCUGAAAACGGCCAAGGCGAGUGGCAUGGUCCAUGGUCAGACGGGUCCAAGGAAUGGACUCCAUACAUGAUCAAGAAGUUGGGCCAUCAAUUUGGCGACGAUGGAAUCUUCUGGAUGUCUUUCAACGACAUGCUCGACAACUUCAAGUGGAUGUACCGAACCCGACUCUUCGAUGAGCGAUGGACUGUUGCUCAGCAGUGGCUAAGUGUUAGUAUCUCCUGGCUCACUGGUUACCUUAAGAAGAAGUUUGUUGUUGAGGUCAAGGAAGAAGGCAUGGUGGUUAUUGUCCUUUCACAGCUCGACGAUCGCUAUUUCACUGAUCUCAAGGGUCAGUACGAAUUCACACUAAACUUUCUCGUUAAGUCGUCCGAAACCAAGAAAACCAUCUGCGCGGUACGUCCAGUGCACCAGUGGGACCGACGUAGUGUAAAUUGUGAAGUCGAACUCGAACCAGGCACAUAUGAAAUCAUCCCCAAGAUUAUGGCGGAGCGAAGUAUGUGGAGGCCUAGAGUCGAGAAGAUGGUCAAGAGAGCAGCAGACCAGAACCCGAAGAAGCUGCGUCAGAUAGGUCUGCAGUACGAUCUGGCUCAUGCCAAGGGUGGAAUAGUCGACGAAGACGAGGCCCUUCGAAAGAAGAGAGAUGCCAAGAAAAAGAAGAAGAUCAAGGGUAAGAAACAAGAAGAGAAGAAUAAGCAGAUGGCAGAGGCCAUGGCUCAGAUGGAGCAAGCCAUGGUAGCAAUGAGGCACGAGUACAAUCAGACCCUCAAGGAGAAAGAGAAAGAGAAAGAGAAAGAGAACGAGAAGGAGAAGGGAAAAGACAAGGGCAAAGACAAGAAGGAGUCGACCCCGGAACCAAAGAGUGAUGACGACUCUGAUGUCAAGGGAUCAUCUGACGUUGAGACAAAGUCAGACAAGGUUCUUCCAGGAUGUUGGCCAGAAGAAUCUGGAAAGAACAACGUUGAUGCACCGAAACGUUGUGAAACAUCGGUCGAGCCAAGGAAGGAGGCAUCUACAGAAGACAAAGACAAGAGAAGACCAUCUCCCUCCGGUCCUCGGCGCGGAGGUCCUCCAUCACCACCAUCGGGGUUACCGACCCACUACCAAGAUCAGGUGCAAUACCCAGACUAUCGACCUCCAUUUCGAAACAAUAGACGGAUGACCAUGACGGAUUACAGCAUGGACCAUUACCCCGUAUUCACACCACCCACAGAACCCACCUCCGAAUCUGACCAAGACAACUCCUCAUCCGGGUCAGGCUCAGGCUCAGAUACAGUAUCUGACGACAACUCGUCAAGCUCCGACAGCGAUGACAUAGGGUUCCCUACGAUAAGGCGUUUCCGUCUCGGUCAGCGCAAGAAGCAGCCGUGGAAUGCUGUGUGCGUGAUCGGCCUCCGCGUCUACGCUCAGCAUGAAGGCAUCAAGGUCCGUCUUGCUGAUCAGAAACGUAACGAGGCUACUGAGCUCGUGGCACCCGAAGGAAGUAGCGCGGCUGCUCCGACUGAAUAA